CCUCUUGUUUACGCCGUUUACGUUGUUUACUUUUUUUUCAUGUACGUAUUUAUCGAACAGUUCUCGGUAAACACACCUUGAUACAUGUGCCUUUGCCACUUACUGAUCGCGUGGACAAGCCCCGAGAAGAGACCUUCGUUUGGCACAGCAUGACCUCUCCCUAUGCAGCCAUGCCGUACUGCCCUGAGCACACCUUUCCACGUAGACUGCGCGAGCCAGCGGCCUGUUUGUCCUGGGCAGAGAGCUCCCUCCUUGCCUCCAUGGCCCAAAGCCAGUCCUCUCAGUCCGAGAUCCUCGGCCAGGAUGUCUUCAACCAGCUGCUGGAGAUGCUCGACCAGUCUGCCUUUCACUCCGUCCAGCCGAUCGAGCUGAACUUCUCCGAGAGUCCGGUCAGCGGCUCCCCCAGCAACACCAUCCAGAUCAGCAUGGACUGCAUCACCAUGCACGAGUCCGAGGAGCCCUACGCCGUCAGGGAGGCAGGGAGGGAGUCCGAGGACCUGCACACGUCCCAGUACACAAACCUGACUCUGCUCAACAUGGAUCAGAACAUCCAAAAUGGCGGCUCCACCUCCACGAGCCCCUACAACAACGAGCACGCGCAGAACAGCGUGACGGCUCCGUCACCCUACGCCCAGCCCAGCUCCACCUUCGAGGCGCUGUCCCCGUCCCCGGCCAUCCCCUCCAACACAGACUACGCCGGACCACACACCUUCGACGUGUCUUUCCAGCAGUCCAGCACAGCCAAGUCAGCCACCUGGACGUACUCCACAGACCUGAAGAAGCUGUACUGUCAGAUCGCCAAGACAUGCCCGAUCCAGAUCAAAGUUCUGACCAACCCGCCGCAGGGGGCAGUGAUCAGGGCCAUGCCCGUCUACAAGAAGGCGGAGCACGUGACCGAGGUGGUGAAACGGUGCCCCAAUCACGAGCUGAGCCGCGAGUUCAACGACGGACAAAUUGCUCCUCCCAGCCACUUGAUUCGGGUGGAGGGGAACAGUCAUGCCCAGUAUGUGGAGGACUCCAUAACCGGGCGCCAGAGUGUUCUAGUGCCCUACGAGCCCCCCCAGGUGGGAACAGAGUUCACGACUAUCCUGUACAACUUCAUGUGCAACUCCAGCUGUGUAGGAGGGAUGAAUCGACGCCCCAUCCUCAUCAUCGUCACCUUGGAAACCAGAGAUGGUCAGGUGUUGGGUCGGCGGUGCUUCGAGGCGAGGAUCUGCGCCUGUCCAGGACGAGACCGCAAGGCGGACGAGGACAGCAUCCGCAAGCAGCACGUGACCGACGGAUCAAAGAGCAGUGAGGCCAACUGCCGCCAGGCGCCGCACGGCAUCCACACGUCCUCCUUCAAGAAGAGAAGAUCUACUGAUGAUGAGGUUUUAUAUUUGCCCAUUAAAGGGCGUGAAAUCUAUGAGAUUUUGGUGAAAAUCAAAGAGUCUCUGGAGCUCAUGCAGUUUCUGCCUCAGCACACUAUUGAGUCCUACAGGCAGCAGCAGCAGAGCCUGCUGCAGAAACAGAGCGCCCUCCCCACCCAGCCCACCUUCGGCUCCAGCUCCCCUCCCCACGGCAAGGUCAACAAGCUGCCCUCCGUCAGCCAGCUCAUCAACCCGCAGCAGCGCAACUCCCUCACACCCUCCAGCAUGAGCGCUGGGCUCACCGACAUGACCCCCAUGAUGAGUGCCCAUAUCCCUGGCAUGAACACGGACAUGAGUGCCCUGAGUCCUACCCACAGCCUGCAGCCCCAGUUACCCAUGGUGCCCUCCUCCCACUGCACACCCCCCCCACCCUACCCCAUGGACAGCAGCAUCUCCAGCUUUCUUUUGCGGCUGGGAUGCUCAGCCUGCUUGGACUACUUUACAGCUCAAGGGUUGACCAACAUCUACCAGAUUGAGAACUACAACAUCGAGGAUCUCUCCAGGCUGAAGAUCCCGGCCGAGUUCCAGCACGUCAUCUGGAAGGGGAUCAUGGAGCACCGGCAGAACAUGGAGUUCUCGCCUCCGCCCCACAUCCUGCGCACCUCCGGCGGCGCCUCCUCCUCCGUCAGCGUGGGCUCCACGGAGGCGCGUGGCGAGCGCGUCAUCGACGCCGUGCGCUUCACGCUGCGCCAGACCAUCUCCUUCCCGCCGCGCGACGACUGGACCGACUUCUCCUUCGACCUGGACUCCCGACGCAACAAGCAGCAGCGCAUCAAAGAGGAGGGGGAGUGAGCGCUCAAAACACACACACGCAGACACACACACACACACACACGCAGACACACACACACACACGCGCGCAUUUAUGAGCGUAUACAGAGUGAGUGAGAAAGAGAGAGAGAGAGAGAGAGAGAGAGAGAGAGAGUCAUGUACACACAUUCACAACACACACACACACACACAUUUGUAUACAUGUAUUCACACACCCACAGGGGCACUCUGACACUGACACACACACAGGCUCACGAAACACACAUGAAACACGGACACACUCCUUUACCGCACAAAUAUAUUUUAGUCUUUUGCACGUAGAUUAACAUUUCCGUGUCUUACAUGCAUUUCUACACUUGUGUUACGCAGUCAGACUCACCAGCACGCACACACAGCACAUUGUCUCACUCCCUGCGCCAUCUCCCACUACAGCACCUCCAGUGAUGUGGUAUAUGUAUCUCACAUUUUACUUUGUGUAAAAAAAGACAUUUGCAAAUAAAGUGCACUUAUUUUCCAUUGUUGUAUCUUUUUUUUUUAUCUGUUCCAUCUGUUUUUUUUUGUUUUUUUUAAAAAAAUCUGGUCAUACUGUUGGAGGAUCUUUUUUGACACAGAAGAAUCAAGAGGUUGAAGGUGCUUUGCGAUAGAACAUGUAUUAUUUUGCCUUAUUCUUUGAGACAGAGCACUUACGAAAUAAACGGUAUUUUGUUUUUGCUUCGGGCUAGUAUUGGUUGGUGUCCUCUUUGACUUCUGAUGGUGAACCAUGCAGCAUGUUAGGGUGCAUAUCCGUUUCUACCAUAUUCAAAACAGUGUACCCACCCCCCUCCCCCCUCCCAAAUAUUAUGGGGUUUUCUGCUCCUCAGAGUAUGACACUAAUGUGUUCAUCUUUUUUUUUUUUUUUCAUUUGUAUUUUUUUAUGCUGGCAUUUGCUAGCUUUUGACUGUAUACAUUUCAUGAUAUCUGCACCUAUCAAAGUGUUAAUCCGCCAAUGGCAUUAUGGUCUGAGUCUGAUAUAGUCAAAUAGUCUUGUGUCUAUAUACUGUAAAAUCCAUACUGAAUGCAUUUUUGGGAACCCUUAAUGUUUACUAAAUCAUUUCUCCAAAAGUAUUGUUUUGUAUGUCUUAUGUGAUGAACUGUAUUGAUAGUGCAAAGCAUUUUUUUACCAUAGCCCAUUCAGUAGAGCUUUACUGUAUUGUAGUUUUUUUUAUGGGAUUUAGUUUCAGUUUUUAAACAUUUACUGAAUUUGUGACUCGUGACUUACCAAUAUAGUUACUACUUCCAUAAGUAAAUUGUACAUUUUUUUCAGUACCUAUGGGUUUGGCUGGUUACUUGGUCUUGCUACAUGUUAAUUCGUUGUAAAUAUGUUUCAAUGUACUUAUUUUGAUAUAAAUUGAAAAAAAUAAAUAAAAUAUCAUUAGCUGA